AUGCUCUCGGUACAAGUGCCGGGGUGCGCGGGCAUGGAGCGGCUGGGCGCGCCGGGGGGACCGCGCCUACGGCACGAUCACAGACAUCACCAUUCCACAUUGGAAUGGGAGAAACAGCAAAGGUUGCAGGCAAUGGUGGGAAGGCUCCAAGAGAUGGUGGAGCAAGAGACGCGCGCGAGAUCCGCUGCGGCCGCCGAGAGGCUCGGCCUACCGCCCAGUAUACAACUGCCUGACGGCGAAUACGGGCAGGAUGUGCAUCUACAGUUACGAGUCCCUUAUCAGCAAGCCGAGCUGACGAGAAGCAGCUUCCAGCCGCCGCCGAACAAGUGCGUGAGCGACGUGCCGGAGUGGGCGGGCGGGGGCGUGUGCGCGGAGGGCGGCGAGGCGGGCGCGGCGCGGCGCAAGAAGGACGGGCUGCUGCAGAAGGCCACGCGCUGGUGGGUGCGCAUGGGCGCGCGGCCCAUGGCGGCCAGCGCGGCGCCGGCGCCCUGCGUCAUGGGCGUCAUGGUGCCGCGCCGCGCCGCGCCGCCCGACGCGUGA